AUGUUCAACAAAUCCAGUUUAUCUAUAAGUUUAUCUGCCAGAGCUGACAAAGAAUUUAUAAUUAUCUCCCUUUAUUUUUGUCUCUCUAUCACUCCCUAUUCUUGUUUAUCACUCUCUAUUCCUCUCUGUAUCUCUCUCUAUUCCUGUUUUUCUCUCUCAAUCACUCUCUAUUCCUGUUUCUCCCUCACUCUCUCUCAUUCUCUAUUCCUGUUUUUCUCUCUCAAUCACUCUCUAUUCCUGUUUCCCUUUUCUCUCACCAUGCCUUUUUCUCAUUCUCUCUCUCACUAUUCCUGUUUCUCACUCUCACUAUUCCUGUUUCUUUCUCCUUCUCUCUCACUAUUCCUAUUUCUCUCACUUUUUCACUCUUUCUCUCUUCAUUUUUAUGUGCCAUUCUGCUUAUUUAUUGCUUUCUCUUUAUCAUCCUCUAUUCUCGUCUCUAUCACUCUAUUCUUUUCUGUAUUCCUAUGUAUAUUUUCUUCUAUCUCACUCUAUUCCUGUUCUUGUCUUUCUUUCUAUCAAUCUCUAUUUCUGUCUAUCAUUAAGUCUAAUCCUAUCUAUUUAUUUGUCUCUCAGUCUGUUUAUCUCUCUUUCUCUCAAUCAUUUAAUCUAUCUUCAUUCUGCCAGACAGUCACGCUUUCUGAUCUUAUCUCCAUCUCUUAA